CUUCCUCCAUCACCGAAUAUCACCAUCUGAGCCAGCCCCCUCUCCGACACCUCCGUUGAAUACUCUAGAAUGGUCCUCAAGCUCUACGGUGUCAGUAUAUCGACCUGCACUCGCCGUGUCGCCUCUAUCCUCCGCGAAAAAGACGUUCACUAUGAGCUCGUCGAGAUCGACUGGAUGAAGGGUGAACACAAGUCGCCUGAUUUCCUCGAGAAGCAGCCCUUUGGUCAAGUUCCUUACAUUGACGACAACGGCUUCAUUCUUUUCGAAUCUCGCGCGAUCUCUUGCUACAUCGCGCGCAAGUACGCUGCGCAAGGCACACAAGAACUCCUUCCCACCGACUUGAACGCGUACGCCGCCUUCGAGCAGGCCGCGUCCAUCGAGUUCUCAAACUUUGAUCCAUUCGCGACCGCACUUGUAGACGAGAAGAUAUUCAAGCCAGCACGUGGACUCGCAACCGACGAGGAACGUGUCAAGGAGCUGUCCACAAAACUCGACGCGAAACUCGAUGCAUACGACAAGCUUCUUUCUAAGCAGAAGUAUCUCGCUGGAGAGCAGAUCACGCUUGCCGACCUGUUCCACCUCUCGUAUGGGACCAUGCUCGAUCAAGCUGGACUUGAUAUCAUGACUCGGAAGCCGAACGUCGCUAGGUGGUGGAAAGAUAUCACGAGCAGGCCGUCGUGGAAGGCUGUUGAAAAUGGUGCUUGAACAGCUCGGACUUUCCAAAGGAGUAAGGACCUGGACAAAAGUUUAUUUACAGGAGAAAGGUUGAAGGCUCUCGAUCUCUAGAGAAACAUAUGAUGUACAUAAAUUUGAGGAAGGCAGUUACAACGAAAUAUGAUCCAUCAGCUGUCGUAGAAGAUGC